AUGCCAAAACCUUUCCCAGUUAUUACUCCACAAUCAUAUCUUCCUGGUUCUCCUGGUGCUUCAGGAGCUUUCUAUCCUGGAGGAGCUAAUCAGCCCUCAGGAAUACCGCCAACGAUGUAUCCACCACUGCCACCAAAUCAGUCUCAACCACCUAUCUUAAAUCCUAACUAUGGAUCUGGCUAUCCACCACAAUAUAACGGUCCCAUGCCCUAUCCUAACAGAAAUCCUAUGCCACCCCGCCCUCCAUUUCAAAAAACAAGAUUUGCAUCGUUACCACGUCGUCGUCCUCCAGAACAUGCACAUCAUCGAUAUCGUUCACGUCGUUGUCGUCCUGUUAUUCAUAUAAUCGAUUCUGAUUCAUGUUCAUCAAUAUCAACUUGUUCAUCAGAAAGUUCAUAUGAACGAUAUCAUUGUCGAUCACAUUCUUAUCCAAGACGUUGUGGAACACGACCACAACAACAACAACAACCAAUCAUUUUCUUACCUGUACAAUGUCAGCAACAACCAUCAGCUAUGAAAGGUUCCUUUCAAGGGCAAAUACAACCUAUGAUAUUACCUUCAUCACAAGUUCAACAACCAUUUCUUGCUUUACAAUCAGCUUCUACAAUUCAACCAUCUCUGUCAAUGCCACAAAUGGUACCUGCUAGACGACCACAACAAAUUCAAGCAGGUCCCAUAACAUAUGUCUAUGCAGGAGCACCACAAACAUCAUCAUCAUCAACUCAAUUAAAAAAUCCAUCAGGACAAUCAUAUUCAAACAUAGGUUCACAACGUAAUCUUGUUAAUAAUGAAAAUACGAAGGAAUCAGUUAUUAUAAAACCAAUUCCACGAACUAGUUCACUAAAGGAUCCAUCAACUAAUACGCUCAAAUAUGAGCGAAUUCCAUGUGAUCAUCGUUAUAUAACUAUUGGAAAAGAACGUAAUUGCAAUGAUGAGAAUCAAGGUGGACAACGACGAGAAACAAAAAUUACAUAA